CUUGAGAUUUGGUUACCAAACGAAGAAAUUUGCCCCACACAACUUUACUGUCAAAUCCCCGUCCCCAAACUUUGUCCGUGUCUCACUCAACUUAUAAUCGUAGUAAAUGUUUAAACAAGUUUAAAAGUUCUAAGUCCUUAAAAAAGAUAACUAACUGACUUAACUAAUGGAGACACCUCUUUUGUAAAGGGUCUGAUUGAAUAUGGCCGCCCCUAUGGAAUAUACUGAGGAGCAGCUGAAUUACUAUAGGAUCUGUUACAUUGUCACCGAUGUACUAACUGAAGGCCUUCGAACAAUCUUCAAACAAGAAUGGGACAAUCGCUACAAGGCAACUCUGGGAGAAUGGAAGGAUCAGCCGAAAAAUGGAAUGGACUUUAAGAGCCAUGAAUCACCAGGAAACAGAAGAAAAAACGCCCUUCUCUUCAAAACUAUCAUCAAUGGUGACAGAGCGGAAUGGGAUUGUACCAUGCUGUUUUAUGCCAUUCUUUAUUCAGAUUGCAUCUGCAAUCUCCAUCCAGCUGUUCAGUCAAAUGUGGAUGUUCUCAGAAAAUUUCGUAAUGAAGACUUUGCGCAUAGACCACGAGGCUACCUUUCCAGCGAAUAUUUUCAAGAUGCGGUUUUAAAGGUAAAUACUGCAUUUCACGCACUCGGUCUUCCCACUCAGCAAAUCCGUGAAAUCCAAACUCAGACAAGUUUCCCGACGAGAGAGUUAAGAAAUGUUCUGAAGAAAGUUGACAACCUUCAACAAGAAGUUAUCGAGAAGGAAACAAAGCUUCAAGAAAAAGAAAGGGAACUACAAGAAAAAGCAUCGCAACUCGAUGAGAAAGACAAGGAACUUGCUGAAAAAGAAACGAAACUCGUAGAAAAAGAGAAUCAACGACAGACCCUUGAGGUACAGCUGCAAACGAAGGUCUUACCAUUUUGUAUUCUUCCUCCUGGACCUACACACGACGUCUUCCCUCGCAGAUCGGAGGUUGAUAAAAUCACACAACACCUCAUAGAACUGAAAGAUGCCAACCAUGACAGCUUAAGCACCUUGUACUUACUCGGAAACCCUGGAAGUGGAAAAUCUCAGCUGGCCCGUUUAGCAGCCAAGCGAUUUUUCGACAAGAGCAAAGAAACUCCGUCAGCGAUUUCAUUUGUCAUGACACUUAAUGCAGAAAGUUCAGAAACACUUUUGGAAUCGUAUGUCUCCUUUGCUCGACACUGUAAAUGUCCAGAUUACUCAGUUACAGAAACUCGUAAUUCCAAAGAUCUGAGCACAGACGAAAAAAUUGCAAGUCUCAAGACGCUAAUAAGCGCAAAAAUUGAGCUGUACACGUCGUGGUUGCUGAUAGUUGAUAAUGUCACUAGUUUGUCACAUGUACAUACUUAUUUGCCAGGUCCAGAAAAUCAACAAUGGGCGAGGGGCCAGUCACUGAUAACGACACAAGACACCAAGUCUAUUCCUUUAAAAAGCUCCUUCAUUCAGCACAUCUCAGUAAGCAAAGGAAUGUUACCUGAUGAUGCCUGCUCCAUGUUAAGGCUCCUAUCUGGUGUCACUGAUGACGAGAUAGAAAAAGAAAUUGCACGAACUUUGGAGUACCAGCCACUGGCUUUGGCUACUGCCGCCAUCUAUGUAAGACAAGUUCGGGAUAGUAAAAUAGCUUCAAAAUUCAGCUGGACUGACUUUCUAAAGAAACUUGAGAAAGGGCAGCGAAGUACAAUUGAGAAUAUUCUUGCCGAGACAAACCCAAGUUACCCAAAAACAAUGACCACAGCGACAACACUCGCCUUAGAAAAGAUAAUGAGAUCCGACACAGCUUUAGAUCACUUGUUUACUUUUCUCUCUCUUUGUGUGCCACAACCAAUACUAAAGGAUAUUGUCGUCGACUAUAUUAUGGAAAUGGAAGAGCAAUUAGAAGAUAAAGAUGCGAUUGAGGUAAAGAUAAGUCGAUGCCCAUUGUUGUUGUUUGACAGAGAGGAGAGCGGUGUUUACAUUCGAGUGCAUGGAGUCGUCCAUGACAUUGUUAAUUCAGUAACAAAGAAAUCUGCAAAGGAUAAGCAAAUCAAAUCCAUACUAGGGGCUGUUUCAUCCUUCUCCAAAUUCGAGGAUCAAGAUUCUCUAGUCAUUGGCACAAAAAUUGUUCCUCAUCUGGCAAAAGUGAUUACAGAAGCCGAACAUUUCUUUUCUGAAGACGGACUAUCUCAAGUUGCUCAAAUUGAUAUGUUCACCCUGCAGGACUAUUCUAACGUCUUUACAACCCUCGGAAUUAUGUGCCACGAGCACUCUCAAUAUCCAGCGGCGAGAAGCUACUUUACAGCAGUCCUAGCAAUCCUCAAUUUAAGAGACCCAAGUAAUGAAUUACGAAAAACACUGGCCCGUUUAGCAGCCAAGCGAUUUUUCGACAAGAGCAAAGAAACUCCGUCAGCGAUUUCAUUUGUCAUGACACUUAAUGCAGAAAGUUCAGAAACACUUUUGGAAUCGUAUGUCUCCUUUGCUCGACACUGUAAAUGUCCAGAUUACUCAGUUACAGAAACUCGUAAUUCCAAAGAUCUGAGCACAGACGAAAAAAUUGCAAGUCUCAAGACGCUAAUAAGCGCAAAAAUUGAGCUGUACACGUCGUGGUUGCUGAUAGUUGAUAAUGUCACUAGUUUGUCACAUGUACAUACUUAUUUGCCAGGUCCAGAAAAUCAACAAUGGGCGAGGGGCCAGUCACUGAUAACGACACAAGACACCAAGUCUAUUCCUUUAAAAAGCUCCUUCAUUCAGCACAUCUCAGUAACCAAAGGAAUGUUACCUGAUGAUGCCUGCUCCAUGUUAAGGCUCCUAUCUGGUGUCACUGAUGACGAGAUAGAAAAAGAAAUUGCACGAACUUUGGAGUACCAGCCACUGGCUUUGGCUAGUGCCGCCAUCUAUGUAAGACAAGUUCGGGAUAGUAAAAUAGCUUCAAAAUUCAGCUGGACUGACUUUCUAAAGAAACUUGAGAAAGGGCAGCGAAGUACAAUUGAGAAUAUUCUUGCCGAGACAAACCCAAGUUACCCAAAAACAAUGACCACAGCGACAACACUCGCCUUAGAAAAGAUAAUGAGAUCCGACACAGCUUUAGAUCACUUGUUUACUUUUCUCUCUCUUUGUGUGCCACAACCAAUACUAAAGGAUAUUGUCGUCGACUAUAUUAUGGAAAUGGAAGAGCAAUUAGAAGAUAAAGAUGCGAUUGAGCUUGGUGACCUAAAGCAGGCAAAAGACUGUCACGAACGAGCGCUGGAUAUUAAGCUAAAAAAGCUCGGACCUGAGCACGAUGAUGUCGCAAUUACUUACGGUAAGCUAGGCCUUGUCCACCAGCAGCAGGGUGACCUAAAGCAGCAGCUGGGUGACCUAAAUCAGGCAAAAGAGUGUCACGAGCGAGUGCUGGAUGUUCGGCUGAAAAAGCUCGGACCUGAGCAUAUUCAUGUAGCAACGUCUUACCAUAACCUUGGCAAUGUUUACCGGCAGCUGGGUAACCUAAAGCAGGCAAAAGACUGUCACGAGCGAGCGCUGGAUGUUUGGCUAAAAAAGGUCGGACCUGAGCAUGUUGAUGUCGCAAUGUGUUACAAUAACCUGGGCCUUGUCCACCAGCAGCUAGGUGACCUAAACCAGGCAAAAGAGUGUCACGAGCGAGCGCUGGAUGUUUGGCUGAAAGAGCUUGGGCCUGAGCAUGUUAAUGUCGCAAUGUAUUACAAUAACGUGGGCCUUGUCCACCAGCAGCUGGGUCAUCUAAAGCAGGCAAAAGACUGUCACGAGCGAGCGCUUGAUGUUCGGCUGAAAAAGCUCGGACGUUCGCACGUUGAUGUUGCAAUGUCUUACAAUAACCUUGGCGAUGUUCACCGGCAGCUGGGUGACCUAAAGGAGGCAAAAGACUGUCACGAGCGAGCACUUGAUGUUUGGCUGGAAAAGCUCGGACCUUUGCAUGUUCAUGUAGCAAUGUCUUACUAUAACCUUGGCAAUGUCCACUGGCAGCUGGGUGACCUGAAGCAGGCAAAAGACUGUCACGAGCGAGCGCUGGAUGUUCGGCUGAAAAAGCUCGGACCUUCGCAUGUUGAUGUUGCAACGUCAUACCAUAACCUUGGGAAUGUCCAUCGGCAGCUGGGUGAUCUAAAGCAGGCAAAAGACUGUAACGAGCGAGCACUGGAUGGUUGGCUGAAAAAGCUCGGGCCUGAGCAUGUUAAUGUCGCAAUGUCUUACUGUAACCAGGGCCUUGUCCACCAGCAGCAGGGUGACCUAAAGCAGGCAAAAGACUGUCACGAACGAGCUCUGGAAGUUCGGCUGAAAAAGCUCGGACCUUCGCAUGUUGAUGUUGCAACGUCUUACGAUAACCUUGGCGAUGUCCACCGGCAGCUGGGUGACCUAAAGCAGGCAAAAGACUGUCACGAGCGAGCGCUGGAUGUUCGGCUGAAAAAGCUCGGACCUGAGCAUUGUUAUGUCGCAAUUUCUUACAAUAACCUAGGCCUUGUCCACCAGCAGCUGGGUGACCUACAGCAGGCAAAAGACUGUCAUGAGCGAGCGCUGUAUGUCUGGCUAAAAAAGCUCGGACCUGAACAUGUUCAUGUCGCAAUGUCUUACGAUAACCUUGGCGAUGUCCACCGGCGGCUGGGUGACCUGAAGCAGGCAAAAGACUGUCAUGAGGGAGCGCUAUAUGUUCGCCUUAAAUUAUUUGGUCCGGAACACGUCGAGGUAGCGAAUACUUACAUAAACCUGGGCGCUGUGCACAAUUAUCGGGGUCACAUCCAAAAAGCAAAGGAGUGUUAUGAUCUUGCAUUGGCCAUUUAUGUCAAGAACUUUGGCCCUGAAGGUGGCGAGGUGAGAUUUGUUCAGAAUGGACUUGCUCAGCUCCGUACAGCAGAACUUAACAUUAGUAACCCAUAAAGUUCAACAAUCAUAAAUUUUUUAAAUCGUAAUUGUUUAGGGCGUUAUGCUCGUUACUCGUAGAUCAGUGAAGAUCAAAUCAAAACUGAGAGUUCAAAGAAAGAUAUGAAGGCUUCAUUGUGUACAGCAUACUAAUACAGAAUUAAGCCAAGCAACACCUAAUGUGAUGCAUAGUAAUCUAGUAAAUUUAAGGAACAACAGACAAUAUUUCCCUGUAAGGCAGACUUCUAGCAAUUAACAUUACAAGUUAAAGAGCCGAUCAGAGUGCGGUCUUUUACGUUUGGCACGUGCUGCAACCGAUCUGUAAAAGGCAGAGGUGAAAACCACAUUUAAAUCUCAGGAACUUUUGCAAGCUCACUCAUGUAACCAUAGCAACACUAGACUAAAAAGGACAGAAUGUUUAAAAUUUGAAACGCGGUGCAGUUUUUUUUCCCCUAGAUUACGACACUAGUAGAGAAAUCAAGCUUCAAACUUACGCCUCAGAUGUCUCUCAAAAGGGAUAGGAAACAUUUUUUAUACAUCAUAGUCUCAUCCUUGCUGGAAUAAUCCGUUUUAUUUCGAUCGUAAAAAUGCAUUUGGAGUAAAUUCGGCUACGUUGAUACCAACACUUGAGCUGAGCGGUCCUCAGCGAUAGUUUUUUUUUUUUUUUUUAAUGCUUUUGCCCUAAAAAGUAGUCUUAAUGGAUCAAAGAUAUUAAGGCUUUAAGUUUUAUUUAAAAUUAUGCCACAUCAAUUAAUACAUACCGUUGCUAUAAAUUUAUAGGCAUCUACGUGACAUGAGCAGAUGUUAUUCAGUUCUGUCUGUGUAAUAUAGAAUCAAAACCUGUCACUCGCUUUCAGGAUUUUUACAUAACAUAGAGACAUCAGUCGUAACAGUUUAAAAAGUCGUCUGUGACUUUGUUGCAACGAUUUUUUUACUUUUUUCGCAGUAUGGUUCCUCUAGACCAAGUAAGUUUAAUUUCUAGUUUUUGAUAUCGAAGUAACUCGUUAAAAAUUUGAAAAUUGUUCAUAGUUGAAUCGUGAACAAUAGUAGCUAUUGGCCUGCUGUAGGUAUUGUAAUUUUAUGAUUGAAGGCGAUGAAACCUACAACAAUCUUACCAUUAGUAGGUUAGCUCAGCCUGAUUAUUAAAGGAGUUACGUUAU